AGCUACCGAGUGCACAGUAUACUCCUCGACACAGAGCGGCGCGCUUGCCUUCCCCUAACCCCUCCGCUUCUUCGCCACCUUUGUAAAGGAGUUCCUCAAGACUAUUCCACUUUCGGGAGUCAUAAGAGAGAGAGAGAGAGACCGAAUCGACUGACCGCAAAUACUCGAGGAUUAUUAACAGCUAAACGAAAGAUGACAUUACAAGCCUAGCGAGUGAAGUCGCAACAUGAAACACGUUGAGUGAUCGGUUGAUCUGGUCAUCGAUGACAGUGGUUUACUCCAGUGUGCGAUUUCAGUGAGUGCUAUUGACAAAAACAUAAAGCAGAUAAACAAUUAAGUGUGGUUUAUGCUUGCCAAAUCAGAUUACAGCAAAUCUCUCUCUUAUUAGACAGGAGGCCGCAAGGAAAGAAGGUUGGUAUUACCUCGUUUGCCCGUGGCAGGGUGGCUGGCUAGAGGGCUUUGGUGCUGUGAGCGGAUGUGAAGCAAGAUGAGGGUGUCACAGGCGCUACUGUUUCUCGGAUGUCUAGCCUUGAUACACGGUCAAGCCUACGACCAGAAUGCCUUAGAUUCGGCGUCCUUGCCAGUAGAACACAGAGGGGCAGAUGGCUUCGGUCCCCACCUGGGUGGUGGUGUGGGUCUUCCUGGCGUCGGGCUCCCGGGCGUGGGUCUCCCAGGCUUGGGAGGUGGCCCCGAAGAAUCCUGGCCUCUGUCACAACCUGACAUGCCCUCAAUCAAAAACCUCCAGGUCCAGUGUGAGAAAUCUUUCAUGCGCGUGAAUGUGGAGUUCGAUAGACCCUUCUAUGGCAUGAUCUUCAGCAAGGGCUAUUACAGCGAUCAGAACUGUGUGCAUGUCCAGCCUGGGUCAGGUCGUCUACAGGCUCAGUUUGACAUCUACCUCAACAGUUGUGGAAUGACUUCCUCAAGCUCUGGCAACUAUGGACAGCCAACACCCUCCGGUACCUUCAUUGAAAACACUGUCAUCAUCCAGUACGACCCUCUCGUUCAGGAGGUCUGGGAUGCUGCCAGGAAGCUCCGUUGCACAUGGUACGACUACUAUGAAAAAUCUGUCACCUUCAGGCCUUUCCAGGUUGAUAUGCUGAAUGCAGUUACUGCCAAUUUCUUAGGAGAUAAUCUGCAGUGCUGGAUGCAAAUCCAAGUUGGAAAAGGUCCAUGGGCAUCAGAGGUUUCUGGCAUUGUGAAGAUUGGUCAGACAAUGACCAUGGUUUUGGCAAUUAAGGACGAUGAAAAUAAAUUUGACAUGAUGGUCCGAAAUUGUGUCGCUCAUGAUGGCAAGAGAGCUCCCAUUCAGUUAGUUGAUGAGCGAGGCUGCAUCACUCGUCCCAAAAUCAUGGGUCGUUUCCAGAAAGUCAAGAACUUUGGAGCUUCAGCAUCAGUUGUCUCCUAUGCCUAUUUCCAAGCAUUCAAAUUCCCUGACAGCAUGAAUGUUCACUUCCAAUGUGUCAUCCAAGUAUGCCGCUACAGUUGUCCUGAGCCACAGUGUGAUGGAUUGCCAUUACCACCCACUGGCUACCAAGCUGCAGCAAGCGACCAAGUUGCUUCUGUUGCAGCACUGCCAGGCUCUGGACAUCCUGACCCACGUACUCCUAACAGUGCCAAUGCCAUCCCCGACGAAGUUGCCCCAGUUUAUGCCGCUCAGCGCCAGGCUGAAGAGACCGACAACAUCUUGCCAGAGGAACACGACAAGAACAUUCCAUUCCCCGUACCAGUUCCUCUCAAAGCACAAAGUGUCGAUCUUCCUAGACCUGGAUAUCCUAAUGUAAACCGCCAAGGUAGUCUCAUGGAUAAUGCUGGAAGACCUCGUAAAAUUGACUUUGAUGCUUUAGAUGAAGAAGAAGAAGAGACCCCUGAUGCACGCAGAAAACGGUCAGCUGUUCUUCACGUAUAUCGUCGAGCAGCACAAGAAAUGACUGACGUAUCCACAGCAAGAGUAAUUCAGGUUGUGGCUCCUGGAGAUGUCGCCUUCAACUUGAAUUCCGCUAAUGAGACAGUCGUCGUUUCAGAAAUGUUAGACGACCCAUCAAACAUCUGUAUGUCAGCUACAGGAUUUGCUGCUGGCCUUGUCAUGUUGUUACUAGUUCUCACCAUUGCUUGUUUGGUAGCCUGCUUCCUGUACACGCGAGUCAGGACUUUCAACGCCAAGGGCAGUGUUACAACUUUUGUGCAAGGUUUCGACAAUCCUGAAUUCGUCAAGGUGGCAGCAACUAACUAAAACGACCACAUUCACCCUGAACUCUGCACUGUGCCAUACCGCUGCUACUGACCACAUAAGUCAUGUGAUUUCCACCACAUGCCUAGAACUUCUUGCUUCUUCACGCCCUGAGCAUCGUUACCCAACGACAUGCCGUCUGUCGCUUGUCGUAGCGCUGAGCUGGGCAGGGGUGGUGAUAGUUCCUUUUCAGGGGUGUUCUAUUUCUUAACAUUUUUUUUUUCAAACGUUAUCCUAAACCUCAACCUAUUUAUUUAACGUAGUAACGAGAUGUCAAUGCAUUUUAGUACAGAAUACGUUUAUAACCAGUUGUCUUUCAAUGACUGUGCGUCAGAUUUCCCCCUUCCCUCGAGUAGAUGUAAAUUUAGAUACCAGCGUAAGAGCUUUACUCUUCAUGUUACCAAAGGUAGAAGAGAGGAAGAGUUCCUCACACGACUCAUUCUGUACUGUAAUGAGACAUCAAUGCAUUGUUAGAAUCUGUCCAACGUUUCUCAACUUUACCUCCGCAGUUUUUAUCUGUCUGUUGAAUUUUUUUUAUUCCAUGGAAUUAGCUGGCCUUAUUCCAGAGUAUUAAUGAUUUUUAUUAUAUUAAUUUUGCAUUAUAUGUAAACUCCGCACUCUUAGUCUCUUCGUAGUACUGCAUCACGUGUUCAUAAGUUAUGGAUAUUAAGCCCAAACAAAAUACGAUAUUAUAUGUAAUUUCAGCAUGAAUGCGAUUGAGUUAUGCACAACAUGAAAUUUUUUCUAUGUACACGUCUCAAUUAAGCUGUUAACUUAAUAUUUCACUGCAUUUUUUAAGUUCAUUUUAUCUAAAGCUUUAACCAUUAUUUACGAGACCUUGGCCCCAGCAUUUACAAUAUCAGGCUUUGCCAAACAUAUGCUGACUCCUCUCUUCAGAACUGAUUUAUAAGCCUUUUACAUGUGACCCAAAAGACCUGGUCUUAACGGAAUUCUUUCUACACAUGUGAGUGUUCCAGUAAUGCUUAAAGAACGUAAUGCCAUUUGGCAUUAAUUAUGAUCAGUCAAUAGCACGUGAAGGUGUGUGAGAUUUUUUUUAUUGUCUGUUUUAUACACCAUGGUUUUACUUUUUUUUAAGCAAUGAACCAAUGUUGUCCAGCAGAAAUGCGGGAUAAUUUCCACUGGGUAUUUUUCAAUUAUUUAUUGUAAAUAUUUAAGCAUAUUUAUUAGUUCAUUGUAAUAUUUAUUUGUAAAUCUGUAAUAAAGUCAUAAAAAA